CAAAACCAAAUAGGAAGCUGACAUUCCUGUACUUGGCUAAUGAUGUCAUACAAAACAGCAAAAGGAAAGGACCAGAAUUUACGAAGGACUUUGCUCCAGUAAUAGUGGAGGCUUUUAAGCAUGUUUCAAGUGAGUCCGAUGAGAAUUGUAAGAAGCACCUUGGUCGAGUGCUCUCUAUAUGGGAAGAAAGGUCUGUUUAUGAAAAUGAUGUGUUAGAACAACUUAGGCAAGCUUUGUAUGGAGACAGAAAGGUGAGGAAGCGAACAUAUGAACAGAUAAAGAUUGAUGAAAAUAGCUGUUCACCUCGAAGUUCUCCCACUGACCCUCCACAGACCACAGAUCUCAUUAGAGCAUUGCAAGAACUAGAAAACGCUGCCUCUGGGGAUGCAGCAGUUCAUCAGAGAAUAGCUUCUUUGCCUAUAGAGGUUCAAGAUGUUUCCCUGUUAGACAGAAUAACAGAUAAAGAAUCUGGAGAGCAACUUUCCAAAAUGGUAGAUGAUGCAUGUAUGCUGCUGGCGGAUUACAAUGGCAGGUUGGCAGCUGAAAUAGAUGAUAGAAAACAGCUAACUCGAAUGUUGUCGGACUUUCUCCGAUGUCAAAAAGAAUUCCUUGCAGAGAAAGAACAUAAGCUGGAAGAGUACAAGCGCAAGCUAGCCAGAGUGUCCCAGGUACGGAAAGAACUCAGGUCACGCAUCCAGAACCUGCCUGAUCUCUCUAGACUUCCCAAUGUCACGGGCAGCCACGUACACUUACCGUUUGCAGGAGACAUCUACAGUGAUGACUGA